UAUAUAUAUAUAUAUGCACAAAAUGUUUAUCAUUGUUUGAAUACUUAUUUAUUGUUUACUGUUUACAGUGAUGUUACCUUUUAAAAAUGAUCGCUAAGUUAAGCUUCACAAUUUUUUUAUUAUUGUUUUUUUUUCUUUCAUAAAAGGAGCUAUUCUAUCAUUUUAAGUUUUGCUUGUGUUAUUUUUAAUAACUACGUUAAUUUUUUCUAAAAAUUCGAUAAUAUUGUGACAAAAAAAAAAUAUAGAAAAAAGCUGACUCAAUGACAAAAAAUAAAAUUAUUUUUUGAAGCAUACAAUAUUUGAGAGAGUAAAUUGUUAUGUCAUUACUAAUUUUUUCAAUGUUAAGAAUGUUCGGUUCAUUAACAUUCGAAACAAUUCGUUCUCGGGAAAAAUGUCAAGUACGCCCUGAAAGUGUUGCAACUAUAAAUUCAAAUUUGAUACAUACUAAUGAAAAUACAAAGUUUUCUCAAUACGGAAUGUAUCAAUUUUUAGUAUUAGAUGAUAUAGAUAUGGAUAAUAGUUUACCUUUAAUUGGAGUUUUCUCAAAAGUCACUAAAGUUCGUGUUAAGAGAGAAAAUGGUUUUUUGGGAGUCACUCUCCGAGGUGGUGAAGCAACACCUCUUAUUAUCACAGGUAUCAAGCCAGAUGGUCCUACAGCAAAAGAAGGUCGUGUAAGACUAGGUGAUAAACUUCUCGCUAUUGAUGACAUCGAAUUACAAGAAUUAAGUCUUUUUGAAGCACAAAAUGUACUAAAAAGAAGUUCUGACUAUCCAAUUGCAUCUCUUACCAUCGAAUACAAUGUUGCAAGUAUGGCUGAAGUUCGAACAGCUAUUCCAGAGCCUCUUCUUAUAGAGUUGAAACGUACUUGUCCUGGUGAGCUAGGCUUGACAGUACGAGACAAUGCAAAUGGUGUUUAUAUAGAGAGUCUUCGUCCCGCGAGUGCCGCUGAUCGCUGUGGUGCAAUACAGCCAGGUGACAAACUUCUUGCCGUAGAUAGCACGCCAAUUCAUGAUGCCAUAACUGCAAUAAAAGUAUUAAAAGACGUUUCUAAGACCUAUCGAAUUGUUAAAAUACAAAUAUUACCUCAGAUUUUAAGUACUUCUACGAAAACGCUUAUGAAGAGAUCUAAAUCUCAACAGUUAUUUGGUGUUGAUAAAACAUCUUUUACCGAAGAAAAUCUCACUGUGUUGUUAAAAUCUGACCAUCAAGGAUUUGGAUUUGUUGUUAAACUAUCUGAUGAUGGAAUGAAUUAUGUAAUUGAUCAUAUUGAAGCUGGUAGUCCUGCAGAACGAUGUGGUGUUUUUCUACCAGGUGAUAAAAUACUUUCAAUGGAUAAAAAAAUUUUAAGAAAUCUACGAUUAAAUGAAAUUACAGAAAUUCUAGAAUCUUCUCAAGUGGAACUUGUGAUCGAAUAUAAAGUUGGUGGUCCAGCUGUUAUGAGGUCUGGUAUUUUUACAGUCCGACUAAUUCGGCCUGUAGGUGGUCAAUUGGAAUUAGGAAUCAUAAUAAACGAAGAUUUAAUUAUUUCUGAAGUUAAACGUGCAUCUUUGGCGUACAGAACUAGAAGCCUAAUACCUGGAGAUCAACUUUUAGCAAUCAAUGGUCAAAUAUUGUGUUUGUCUGAUUACCGAAGAAUUACUCACAUAAUCAAACACCUAAAAAAUUCAACAGUGGCUCUAACAGUAAAAAGGCCAACAAUAGAAACAACUACACGAGAACUUCAUCUCAAAAAAGAAGAAAUGCAGACGAAAUAUCCAGAAAUCAUUUAUACUGUACGUGAUAGCUUACCAAUCCUUAAUAAUUCAAUAGAUUCAUGGGAAGAACUCGAAAAAAUAUAUUGUAACGUGCCCGAAAUUAGAGACAUGUGGAGUACACGUUCUGCAGACAAUGUUCCGUUCGACUCACAAACAGAAUCUUAUUUAAGCUUACAGAAAAAUAACAAAGUCAACAAUAAAGCAUUGAAGAUAUUGUCUAUUUCUCUUAAAAAAGAUCUUAUUUAUGAAGAUUUCGGAUUUUCUGUAUCAGAUGGUUUGUAUGAAAAGGGCAUUUACAUAAAUCGUUUAAGACCAGGUGGACCAUGUGAUGGAGUUUUAAAACCUUAUGAUCGUAUUAUAAAAAUUAAUACAACGUGUACUGAAGAUUAUGACUGCUGUUUAGCUGUCCCAUUAGUUGCUGCUACUGGCGAUGAAUUGAAUCUCAUUAUCGCCAGAUUGACAUUUUCUGAAAUUUUGUAGUGAUUUUGAUAGUAAUGAUGCUGAUAAAUUUAAAUUUGAAAACUUGACAUGAAGUUUAUCUCAACACUGAAAGCAGAAAAAGGAAAAAAUAAUAUUAAAGUCAUGAGUGUCGCUUCAAAUUUAAAACUUGAAAAAUUGCACUUCUGCCGAAACUGUCGCGCUCGUUGUUGAAUUUAUAAGUAAAAUGGGCAAAAAUAUUAAACCAAGCAAUGGAAUAAUUUAAAAAAUACUAAAAAAUUAAUAAAAUUUGCUUAUUGAUCAGUAGUGAUCGGUCGUUUUCAAAGCAAGAACAAUUCAGAAGGGUAAAAAAAAUUUAAGGCCAUGUAUAUUAAGUAUAAUGGAAGAAAUUCAGCAUUAUUAACCCUGUUUAAAAUUUCCAAUAGGAUCCCAUCAAAAGCGACAAAAGCCACUUAGAAACCCAUAAAUUUUAUUGAUUUCUAAGUGGCUUUUGUCGCUUUUGAUGGGAUCUUAUUGGAGCUUUUCAACAGGGAAGUCAAAUAGCCAUGUAAACAUAGCCACCACAGUUCAAUUCCACCUCUAAACACGUCAUAUGCUCGUCAUUUUUCUGUGGAGUACCACUGGUACUGAGUGAAAAAUAAUAAAAUUUCACAAGUUGGUCAAUUCGACAUUUCCGACUUGAUGAAUUUAUAUAUGUUGUGAUAUAACAUGACUGAGUAGUUGAUAAAAUUUUGAAAAAUUUAUAAAAUUAUUUAAAUAAAAAUAAAUCAACAUUAAAUCACAUGUUGAGAUUUAAAGAUUUAAAACUUUUGCCCGAAUUUUGUACAUUUUUAUCACCAGUGAGCGUGACAGUCUAGAUGCACGAUCCCCAUAACAUUUUUAAAAUUCAAACUUUGAGUAUUAAUUUUCA